AUGAGCGGAUAUCUCUGGAAAUACUACCUCGAAGAUGAUGUCGGGGCUUUUCGACACUUGCUGGAAGGCACCGCAUUUUCUGCGCGCCCGUCCGCGCCGAGGGCUAGCUACGGCGCAUCGCUCGGCCAGCCCAGUCCAGCCGCCUUCAUAGGGAGCCCCGGGAGUCUCGGCACUUCGCCGACUCUGACCACACGGGCGCGUCGCGACCUCGGUGGAACCCCGAGGUUUGCGGCGGGGCUGACCCGCGCCGACGUCAACUCCAAGGAUGCGAACGGCUUGACCAUCCUACACCAUGCCGCCUCCUCGACCUCCGAGAACGCAUUGAGCUUCGCCGCGGCUCUCCUCGAGCACCCCUUGACGGACCUAUACGCGCAAGACUUUGAGAACGGUUGGACGGCGCUGCAUCGCGCUUUCUACUUUGGCAAUGUCGCCAUCGCACGCUCGAUUAUGGAUCGCGAUGUCCUCGAUGCGCUCGGCCACGGAAGCAGCGGAGUGGUGCAACAUGCGGGGGGUUUGGUCAAAAUCAAGGAUAAAGAAGGAAAUGGUCCGCUGGAUCUGUUUGCGGCCACCAUUGCAGACCGUACGCUGAGACCUGAGGAGGACACGAGAGUUGACGCGUUCGGAGAGGAUGACGAUGAUUUUGGAUAUGACGAUAGCGGCGACGGAGAGGACAGGCCUGCGCGCCGGAAGCUUGCGCCGGCGAUGGAUAUUCAUGGCGAUGAGCUUUUCACGUUCGGCAGCAACAGGAAUGUCACUCUGGGUUUCGGCGACGAGGACGAUCGGCAGUUCCCCGAGCGCAUCAUUCUUCGCAGGCCGGACCAUUUGUUGAGGAGGUUUUACCGCGAGCAUCUGGAGCACAAACAACAGGACUGGCCGAACAUGGACGCUUCCGUGAAUGACUGGUCGCAACUAGCGUCGAUCCACAGCAUGCCCGUCUCUGACCUUCCCACUAUCAUCAGGAGCACGCCUCUUCUGAUUCAGGACGUGAAAAUGUCGAAGCUUUCCACCGCUGUCUUGACCACAGACCCCGAGUCGAACCUCUACAUGUGUGGCCAUGGACCGGGUGGCCGAGUCGGUACAGGAGAUGAGACUACCCGGUUUCAAUUUACGUGCAUUGAGGGAGGCGCGUUAGCGAAGAAGAAAGUCAUUGCUGUAGCACUUGGUCAAAAUCACUCCCUAGCUCUUUCUGAUGAAGGGGAAAUCUUCUCUUGGGGAAACAAUGGCUAUGGUCAGUUGGGCUACGGUCUGCCGAAGACGCUCAAGGACGAGGACCCUGUUCAGCUUCUGCCACGACAGAUUUUUGGGCCUCUCAAGAAAGAGAUUGUCAUCGGCAUUGCCGCAUCUAGGAUUCAUUCCGUUGUUCACACAUCCUCUUCACUCUACACCUUCGGCAAGAACGAGGGUCAACUUGGUAUUGUUGACUCUGAUGCGCGAUCCUUGGAGUCUCAAGUCACCCCUCGCAAGGUCGCCGCCUCACUGUUCUCUUCGCCUAUCAAGUCCGUUAGUGCUAUUGAAAGGGCCACUGUCUGUCUACUUGAGAAUCAUGAGGUCUGGGUCUUUGCAAACUAUGGCUAUGCAAAGGUUUCGUUCCCCCUGGAUGGAUUUUCCAAUUACUUCCUCAAGCAAAGUUUCUUGACAACCAAGUACGACACCACGCCAAACAGAAUCUGCAAGAUAACUGCCGGUGGCGACAACAUUUGCGCUCUUUCAACCAAUGGUGAAAUCUACACUGUUGCGGUGAGUAAGCGUUCAGAGUCAGGGCAAGACAGUACCGCGUCUACGACAAAUCCAAGCAAAAUCCGUGGAGCAUUAUCCCAGCCCUACAGGAUAUGGUCGCUGAAAAAGGGCUACAUGGCUGCUCGCGACGUCGACGUGGAUCAAGAUGGCUCCGUCAUUCUGACCACGCAAGCUGGCACUGUAUGGAGGCGAGUAAAAAGAGCAAAGAUCAAGGAUGCGACUGCUUCUGGCACGGGAGAGUACAGGCCAAAGGACUACAAGUUCCUUCGCGUUCCGGGUCUCACACGUGUCACGGCCGUCAGAGCUUCCGCGUUUGGCGCUUAUGCGGCAGUGCGGAAAGACUGCGAUGUCACCAAGACCCAGGUACAGGUGGAUUCGCCUACACUUUGGGAUGAUGUGUUCCCGCUGUUGCCUUUUGGCGACUGGGCUACGCAGGACGAUGAGCUGGACGAUGGUGUGCAAGCGUCCGAGAUGCAGCUCCUGACGAGACGUGCAAUCGGGUCGAAAGAUUUCGAACAAGAUUUGAAGGAUGUAUUGUUUGGCAUUGACGAAGAUGACAAGACUUUCGACAUGGUCAUCGGAUCUACUGUCUCUGAAGUUCGCAUACCUGUACACCAGUGGAUCUUUGCCGGUCGCAGCAAGGUCCUUCGGCAAGGCCUCGCUGAAUUCCAGCACACUGGCACUUUCUCUCUUCCUGAAGCACUGUCUCUGGAAGAAGAUGAUCGUGGUCGAAUCCUACUCGUUCUUCAGGGCAUGGACGUACUCACCAUGUUCAACUUGGUCCUAUACUUUUAUACCGACAACGUGGUGGACUUCUGGCACUACGCGCGUCAGUACCCAAAGUUGGCAUUCAGGUACCGUCAGGUCCGGACGGAGCUCAUGAAGUUAUCUUCGAAACUUGAACUCAAGCAGCUUGAACCCGCCGUUCGCCAGAUGGUGAGACCGAGACGAUCUCUCACCGUGGACAUGGAGCUCGCCGUUAAGGACCCUAUGUUCUUCGAAAACGGGGAUGUCAUACUUGAACUCGCAGAUAGCGAGCUCAGAGUCCACAGCGCAUUGAUGGUGCAGCGCUGUCCUUUCUUCGAGGGCAUGUUCAAGGGUAGAGCAGCGGGCCUUUGGCUCGCUGGGAGGCGUGAAGCCUCCACGGACCCUUCCGAGGCCAUCAGGAUCGACUUGAAGCAUAUCGAGCUGCAUAUUUUCGAGCUGGUGCUGCGACAUCUAUACGCUGAUUCGGGCGACGAGCUCUUCGACGACUUCGUGUCAGACAAUUUUGGAGAAUUUCUAGCCCUCAACGAAUUCCUGGAUCAUGUCAUGGAUGUUUUGUCUGUGGCCAACGAGUUGAUGCUGGAUAGGCUGUCGCAAGUCUGCCAGCAAGUCAUUGGACGAUAUGUCAAUGUGCGCAACAUUUGCCAGCUGCUCAAUGCGCUUUCGCCGUGUUCGGUGACGGAGUUCAAGGAUGCUGGGCUCGAGUACAUCUGCCUCAGCCUCGAGGCGGUGUUGCAGAACGGAGUACUCGACGAGCUGGAUGAGGAUCUUAUCCUCGAGUUAGAUCAGAUCGUCCGCGAGAAUCAGGUCGCAUGCCUUCCAAUCGCGAAGAGUGGACGUGCCGAAGCGCUAUUGUUCGAGAAGUACCCUGAACUCGCAGAGCAAAUCGAUCGCAGGAGACGGGCGAAGGUUGAUGCUAUUAUGCUGCAGAGCAAAUACGCUGAUAGCCCAGCCCGUAUAUCCACAUCGCUCAAGGCGAGUAGUUAUGAUGACCAGUCUUCGCCCAUGCAGCAGAAGGCACGAAGACGCUCCGGCAAGGAUAUAAAAGCAGCGCAGGAGAGCCCAACACUCGCGCCGGCUCUGAAGGGCAAGGGUUCCAUUGCGGACUUGAUGUUCGACAUGGACGACGAUGUCGACCCAGAAAGUAAUGAGCUUGACCUCGACGCGCCUCGCUCAGUUAAGUCUCCUACCUCUGCCAUUGGUGGCCCAGUUCAAGACGUUUCUCUCGGACUCCCAACCUCAAGUCCAUGGCAAAUCCCCAAGGCUACUUCUAAAAGAGAUGCUUCUGAUUCUGCAAUCGCAAGCCCAUCAUCUCAUACCCCGAGAAGCUUGGGGACCCCUAUGGAUUCGAUAACCACGUCAAUUACUCGUCCCGCCGACAAACCUUGGGGAACUGCACCUCUGCAGACGAGCAAGCUGGAUAUGAAGAAUAUCAUGGCUGAAACUUCUUCAACUCAGCCAUCGAACAUCUCUCUAGCACUAUCCGCACAAGCCAAAGAUGACCGUUCUACUGGAUCCUUCGCCGCGACAAAGCUCUCCCAGAAGGAGCGCAAGAAGCUGCAGCAACAGCAGGCAGCCAAAGGUGAGGAAAUUCGAAGCAGUCCUGCGGAUAAUGAGCCUAGACCUGCAGCGUCACCAUGGCAGAUGAGACCCCCAGCAGCCAAGGUUGCCCUGAAAGAUGUCAUGAGCUCUACAUCACCAAGGUCGCCACAACAAGAGCAGCAGCAGCAGCAGCCGCCCACCAAGAUUCGCCCGAACUUGACAAUGCGCCAGACCAUUGCAAACAACGGUCCAGCUUCAAAGCCCAAGUCGGCAAAUGUUGUGCCCACCACUGCCACCUCUGCGCCAUCCAUCUCUCAAUUUCAUCCGUCUGACAGCAACAAAAACGCCACGCCCGUCUCCGGCAGAGGCUUCGCCAUCCCCCGACCGGAUGCUCCAUCGUCUUCGACCCCGGCAUUGCCACAGAGCAUCCGGCACAUCGCGGCGCCAUCGCACGCGGAGGCGAGCCUGUCCAUGGGCCUGGCCGACAUCCUGUCAAUGCAGCAGGCGGAGAAGGAGUCGAUCGCCGCCGCCGCGGCGAAGCGCAGCUUGCAGGAAAUCCAGCAGGAGCAAGAAUUCCAGGAGUGGUGGGACAAAGAGAGCAAGCGAGUCAUGGAAGAAGAGAGAGACAGGGCUAGGCGGGAUAAGAGGGACGCCGCAAGGGCUGGUGGCUCCUCUUCUUCGAAGAAGACGGGGAAGAAGGCGAAGGGUGAGCAGAAGGUGGCUACUGCUGGUGGAGACGACACGACUGCGCCUGCGAAGGGCGGUGGGGCUGGCGCUAAGAAGGGUGGCAGCGGUGGUAGUGGUGGGCGGGGCAAGAAGGGCAACGCCGGGUCUGGCCCAGGUGCAGGUCCUGCUCCAGAGCCCGCCGUUAUCGCUCCUGCUUCUACCACCGAGACUGCUGCCAUCCCUGCCACCUCCCUUGCCGACGCCUCGGCCGCCACGGCCGCAAAACCGCCUCCGGCCAAGUCGAACAAGAAGCAGAAGAGCAGCGGUAAACCCGGUAAACAGCAGCAGCAGCAGCCUCCCCAUCCUUCUCGUUCUUCCGUCGCCAAUACAGCCACCGCUGCUACGCCUUCCUCCUCCCCCGUCGUCCCGGCUACUACCGCUGUCAACGCCGAGAAAACCCCACCGACCGGCCCUCGCAAACAACAGCAUCACCAUCACCGUCCUCGUGGCGCCGGUGGUGCCGGUGGCGGCAGUGGCGUUGGCCCGGGCAAGCGGAACCAACAGCACCAGCAGCACCAGGCACAGGCACAGGCCAGCGGCGGCAGCCAUCACUAG